UUAUUACUCCUAUAUCUUUUCUAUAAAUAGAGUAUCCGCCAAUUAAAAACGUUUAAUUCUCUCUUACAAGUCGUAUUCAGGCCGGUACCCCUCUUUAUCACUGUUUAUUGUACCUUUCUUCUUCUCUUUCUCUCUCUUAUCAACUUUUUUUUUUCCCUCAAAUCUCCAUUGUUACAACUGUCCUUCACCAAACAUAAAACAUCUUCUUUCUCUCUCUAAAUCGUUUCUAUUUUAUCUCACAGAAUCUCAUGGCAAACGGCCAUUUCUCCAACAUUUUAGUACUCCUACUGUGUCCUUACAAACUCUGAUAUUUUCAUUGAUUCUUUUUUUUUUUUAUAAGAAAAUCAAAUUAUAAAAUCAAACCAUUGAUUUCAGCUUCUCGAUGUUUGAAUUAUUUUGUGGGCUUUUUUUUUUGUGUGAUUAUAAUCAGAAAUGAAUAUGUUUGAUCUCAACAUUGAUGUAGUGAACAACAAUUUAUCAUAUGAGAAUCAUAAUAAGGAAGGAGAAAAUAAUUCCAUGAAAGAUGACGAAGGUUCAGCAACUAAUACUGAGUUAUCCGGAACUUCAUCAGCCUCAUCACUCGUCAACGCAGCUGAUGAGUCACCGAUCUCCGGCACCGGCGAGUUUGACUUCUUCCCCAAACACCGGAAUGACGACCUUGUUCCCGAGUUUGUAACUCAGCAGUUUUUUCCGAUUAGUGAAGAAAACGAUGACAAGAGAACGAUUGAUAAUGGGAACUACAGAGAAAUGGAUAAACUAAGGCUUGGAUCGUCCUCUUCCACUACCCGAACUUCGAGUAGUAAUAGUAAUAAUCAAUGGCUGAACUUAUCGGUUUUGGGUUCGGGUUCGGGUUCGGGAUCAGGGUCGGGUUUGGGUUCGGUGCAGCAGAACAAUGUAAAACAGCAGGUGAAGAGGAGCAGGAGAGGGCCCAGGUCAAGGAGCUCUCAAUAUAGGGGUGUCACGUUUUAUCGGAGGACUGGUAGAUGGGAGUCUCAUAUUUGGGAUUGUGGGAAACAAGUGUAUCUAGGAGGAUUUGAUACUGCACAUGCUGCUGCUAGAGCAUAUGAUAGAGCAGCUAUUAAAUUCCGUGGAGUUGAUGCGGAUAUUAAUUUUACCAUUGCUGAUUAUGAGGAAGACAUGGACCAGAUGAAGAAUUUAUCCAAAGAAGAUUUUGUUCAAAUCCUUCGACGACAAAGUACCGGCUUCUCUCGAGGGAGUUCAAGGUAUAGAGGUGUCACGCUUCACAAAACUGGCCGGUGGGAAGCUAGAAUGGGCCAAUUUAUGGGCAACAAGGCUUAUGAUAAGGCAGCAGUCACAAAAUUUGAGCCUACUCCCUAUGAAGGCCAGAUACCUAUUAUGCAUACAAGAAAAGAGGACGAUGGCCAAAAACUGGACCUGAAUCUUGGAAUAUCAAUCACCUUAGAUGGUCCUAAAGGAACUUAUGAUCGGGGUGUUGGAGAAUCUCAAACUUUUCCUCAUCCUCCUCUUCACUUUCCCAAUGGAAAAUGGCCUGUGAAUGUAAACUCUGCUAAUUUUCCUUCCGGUGCACCUCCUUUUUACGGUCAGGCAAUGGCUUCGAGACAAUCUACUACCAUGUGGUCUGGUUUACCACCAGGUCGGUCUGCAACUUAUGAGGACAAAAUUGGUGAUCAAAAGAUGGAAUCACUUGGCACCACAGCAAGAUUGCCAAAUUGGUCAUGGUACAAUCAAAAUGAAGGUCAAGGUGGAAAUGGGGAUGGAGUAGGCCAACCAUACACAAAUGCAGCAUCAUCAGGAUUCUCAUCACUUUCCACCCCUACUUCUUCCACCACCUAUCAUUUUACCAACUUACACAAAAACCUUCACCAUUAGAGUCACGCUAGAUGAUACAAUACAAUGCGACCUUUUACAAUUUAGUUUUUUCGGGGCCUAUUUGAACAUAAUCUAUAGUACAAGUAUUAUCUAUAAUUAUAUAGAAUAUAGGAGAUGAAAUUUAAACUUUCCCAAAGGUGUAUAUCACAAGUCACAAUGCAAGUUUUGUGAAGGGCAUUUGUGAAUAUUGACAUGAAAUUGAUGCUUGGUUCAAUCUAUGCUACAACUACUAUUAUAGUCAACAAAGAAUUCAUCCCCAAAAUGUGAUUGUGUAAGGUUGAUGGUGAUAUUUGCAAAAUUGUUGUGAUAUUCCCAAACUAUUUUGUGUGACAGAUUAACUUUGUUUCUGAUUGAUCGGUAUCAUCAGAUGUCAGUCAAGCAGUAUUAUUGUGUUGAGAGUAUUAGAUUCUUUGUGAACUACUUUUUAACCAUUGAAGAAGAUAUAUGUUGUACUUAAUCCAUAUUUUUACCAUUCAGCUUUUAAAUACAGACUCUGUCGAUACAAUUCUAAAGGACUCUAUCAUCAAAUAAAAUUAAAUUUACAUGUUGAAUGAAGGCAUAUCAGUCCCUAAUAAUACCCAAUCCAAAAUACUUUCACCCACUUUUUUA